UCUUGACCCCCAAAGCGCGGCGCACAAAUCCACAUAAUCUGAAGACAAUGGAUGUCGAUGAGGGUCAAGACAUGUCCCAAGUUUCAGGAAAGGAGAGCCCCCCAGUCAGUGACACUCCAGAUGAAGGGGAUGAGCCCAUGCCUGUCCCCGAGGACCUGUCCACUACCUCUGGAGCACAGCAGAACUCCAAGAGUGAGCGAGGCAUGGGUGAACGGCCUUUCCAGUGCAACCAGUGUGGGGCCUCCUUUACCCAGAAAGGCAACCUCCUGCGGCACAUCAAGCUGCACUCGGGGGAGAAACCCUUCAAGUGCCAUCUCUGCAACUAUGCCUGCCGCCGGAGGGACGCCCUCACCGGCCACCUGAGGACGCACUCCGUUGGUAAGCCUCACAAAUGUGGAUAUUGUGGCCGGAGCUAUAAACAGCGAAGCUCUUUAGAGGAACAUAAAGAGCGAUGCCACAACUACUUGGAAAGCAUGGGCCUUCCGGGCGUGUACCCAGUCAUUAAGGAAGAAACUAACCACAGCGAGAUGGCAGAAGACCUGUGCAAGAUAGGAUCAGAGAGGUCCCUUGUUCUGGACAGGCUGGCAAGCAACGUCGCCAAACGUAAGAGCUCUAUGCCUCAGAAAUUUCUUGGAGACAAGUGCCUGUCAGACAUGCCCUAUGACAGUGCCAACUAUGAGAAGGAAGAGAUGAUGACAUCCCAAGUGAUGGACCAGGCCAUCAACAAUGCCAUCAACUACCUGGGGGCUGAGUCUCUGCGACCAUUGGUGCAGACACCCCCCGGUAGCUCCGAGGUGGUGCCGGUCAUCAGCUCUAUGUACCAGCUGCACAAGCCCCCCUCAGACGGCCCCCCACGGUCCAACCAUUCAGCACAGGACAGCGCCGUGGAGAACUUGCUGCUGCUGUCCAAGGCUAAGUCUGUGUCAUCAGAGCGGGAGGCCUCACCGAGCAACAGCUGUCAAGACUCCACGGAUACAGAGAGCAACGCGGAGGAACAGCGCAGCGGCCUCAUCUACCUAACCAACCACAUCACCCCGCAUGCACGCAACGGGCUAGCUCUCAAGGAGGAGCAGCGCGCCUACGAGGUGCUGAGGGCAGCCUCAGAGAACUCGCAGGAUGCCUUCCGUGUGAUCAGCAUGAGUGGCGAGCAGCUGAAGGUGUACAAGUGCGAACACUGCCGUGUGCUCUUCCUGGAUCACGUCAUGUACACCAUCCACAUGGGCUGUCAUGGCUUCCGGGAUCCCUUUGAGUGUAACAUGUGUGGUUAUCACAGCCAGGACAGGUACGAGUUCUCAUCCCAUAUCACGCGGGGGGAGCAUCGCUACCACCUGAGCUAAACCCAGCCAGGCCCCACUGAAGCACAAAGAUAGCUGGGUAUGCCUCCUUCCCAGCAGCUGGACCCACAGCGGACAAUGUUGGGAGUGGAUUUGCAGGCAGCAUUUGUUCUUUUACGUUGGUUGUUCGGCAUUUGAUUUGUGUUUAGAAGACAAGUUUUUAAUGUUAGCGACAGGAUUGCAUUGCGUCAGGAACAUUCAGAACACCCAUCCUUCUAGACGGUUUUGUUGACUGCUAGCUGAGAUUUCCCUGAUAUGUGGCUUCCUAACAUUCUCUCCCACCCACCCCACCCCCAAAACAGAGCCUGAAUCUUCAGAGAAUUGUUGAAUAAAAUAACAAUCCAAGUAGGAGCAAGGUGGAUCUUGCCCUAAACAGAGUUUAUGCCACAAAGAUUCUCCAAAUCCUCUAAAGGAGCACAGCCACUGGGGUUGAGUCCUCUCAGGGAGCUCUGCAGGUGAGCCAGAGGACCAGAUCUAAGGCAGCUGGAGAGGAGCAGGGACAUCAGCUGUGCAGAGACCAGGGACAAAGGCUGAACUUUGAAAGAUACUAUUAAGUCAUAUACUGCAUGGCAAUCUGGUGUCUGGACAAGUUGUGCAAGGUGCUGAAGGGAAGGGAUUGGAGAGCCUUGCAGACUCCUGCAUUUGCCUGAUCACACUCAGCCUCCUAAGGGUUUGUUGCCCAGUAAGAUGAGCUCAGUGCUCUUGUGAUCAUUUUUCUCCCAUCCAGUUAAUGGCCCUAAAGCUCAUCACUAUAUUUUAGAACCCAAUCCUGAAAUUGAAACCUUAUUUUAAACUUCUGAUACUGUAAAACCUGUUGGAAGCCAAAGCUUUCUUUCAUGCCCCAUCCUCAGUUAUCUUGGUUCCUGUUCUUCCCUGGGCUGAUAGUACCAGGACCUGUUAUUCCAUGAAAGUACAACCCAUCCUUCA